AUGGCUGACAAGUCCAAGUUUAUCGAGUACAUUGAUGAUGCUUUAGAAAAAUCUAAAGAAACGGCGCUGUCUCACUUGUUUUUCACCUACCAGGGGAUUCCCUACCCUGUUACCAUGUGCGCCUCGGAAACUUUCCGAGCUUUGGACACCUUUGAAGCCAGAAGCGAUGACAUCGUGCUAGCGUCCUACCCGAAGUGUGGUUCAAACUGGAUUCUCCACAUCGUCAGUGAAUUAAUAUUUGCCGUUUCUAAAAAGAAAUACACGUGCCCAGAAUUUCCAGUUCUUGAGUGUGGAGACGCAGAAAAAUAUCAGAGAAUGAAGCUGUUUCCUUCACCAAGGAUCCUGACAACUCACCUCCACUACGACAAACUACCUCAGUCUGUCUUCAAGAGCAAAGCCAAGAUAUUGGUGAUAUUUCGAAACCCUAAGGAUACAGCAGUGUCUUUUUUUCAUUUUCAUAACGAUGUCCCGGAUAUUCCAAGCUAUGCCUCCUGGGAUGAAUUCUUCAGACAAUUCAUGAAGGGACAAGUUUCUUGGGGAAGCUAUUUUGAUUUCGCAAUUAACUGGAACAAAUAUAUUGAUGAUGAAAAUGUUAAAUUCAUAUUAUAUGAAGAUCUGAAAGAGAAUCUGGUUGUUGGAAUAAAACAGAUCUCUGAAUUCCUUGGCUUCUCUCUAACUGAUGAACAAGUACAAACUAUCUCAGCCGGGUGCACCUUCCAAGCGAUGCGGGAAAACUCUCAGGAGACGCAUGGUGCUAUCGGCCCCUUCCUGUUCCGCAAAGGUGAAGUUGGUGAUUGGAAAAAUUUGUUUAAUGAAACUCAGAGCCAGGAAAUGGAUGAAAGAUUCAAAGCGUGUUUAGCAGGCACUUCCCUUGGAGCCAAGCUGAAGUAUGAGCCACAUUGCCUGGCUUGAUUCUGGCCAAGCUGGAUGACUUAACU